UACUAUGCAGCCUGUGACAUAUAAAAGCUGUUAGCAGUUCCUGGAGCCAGCAGCGUCAAAACUAGCAAGAGUUUUUGCUUUUAGAAGGCUUGUAAUAAGACACACUCCUUCUUACAAGGGUUCAUGCCACAACAUAGCAAAGAACUUUUUAAAAAACUGGAAGGACAGUAUACUCAUUUUGGCAUUGCUCAGAGAGUAAACCCUGUGGCUUCUCCCCUCCUCCAUCCCAAGAUGAUAGCAGUCUCUGCUGUCAGUGGUGUGCUCUUGUUCUCCCUCCUCUGUGAAACAAGUGCAAUCGCCUUGCUCAACGCCACUGACUCAUCCUCGCCAACCAAUAACUUCACUGAUAUUGAAGCUGCUCUGAAAGCACAUCUGGACUCAGCGGAUCUCCCCAAAACCAGGAGGAAGCGCUACAUCUCACAGAAUGACAUGAUCGCCAUCCUCGAUUACCACAACCAAGUUCGGGGCAAGGUGUUUCCACCUGCUGCCAACAUGGAAUAUAUGGUUUGGGAUGAAAACCUUGCAAAAUCAGCUGAGGCAUGGGCUGCCACAUGCAUUUGGGACCAUGGACCUUCUUAUUUACUGAGAUUUUUGGGCCAAAAUCUGUCUGUACGAACUGGAAGGUAUCGCUCCAUUCUCCAGUUAGUUAAACCAUGGUAUGAUGAAGUAAAAGACUAUGCUUUUCCAUAUCCUCAAGAUUGCAACCCCAGAUGCCCUAUGAGAUGUUAUGGACCAAUGUGCACUCACUAUACACAGAUGGUCUGGGCUACUUCUAAUCGAAUUGGCUGUGCAAUCCAUACCUGCCAGAACAUGAAUGUUUGGGGAGCUGUGUGGCGACGAGCAAUCUACUUAGUAUGCAACUAUGCCCCUAAGGGAAACUGGAUUGGAGAAGCACCAUACAAAGUAGGAGUGCCAUGCUCAGCUUGUCCUCCUACUUAUGGAGGAUCUUGUACUGACAACCUUUGUUUUCCAGGAGUAACAUCAAAUUACUUAUAUUGGUUUAAGUAAAAUAAAAUUUGCCCCCUCACACACUUUUUUUAUUCAGUAGAAUUGUCUUCUGGAAUAUCAAAGCUUGUAAAUUGAAUUUUGCACAUAUUUUGCAAAAUGUUUAUGGUAAUCAUUUAUCUUUGGGUAUUCAUUUGUAUAAAUUAGCAUUAGUAUAUCAAAUUUAUUUGACUCUUUGGGAAGUAAAAAGUGUUCACUGAUAAUUCCCCAAUUCUGAAAGAGAAUAAGCACAAAUUAUUUGAAAAAAAAACAUAACUUCUCAUGUAAAUGUAACAAUAGCUUUAAAAAAUUAACUAAUAAUUUAUUGAGUGCCAAAAUGUUUUUUCCCUUAGGGCAUCAUUUCUUUAAGAAUAAGAUCAAUCUUUUACUAACAAUGAAAAUAAUUUGUGGUGUAAUGUAUCAUAUGAAAACAUAUAAUUUAUAUUGAAAUAGAGAAGUGUUUCAGUCUGAUUUUAAAGUGUGUGAGAAGGACAUUUUUGGGACUAUUUUAUUAUGGGGUCCUAUUAGGAAAUCUCCUAAAAUGACACUCAGCCAUUUAUAGAAUGUAUUCAUUUCUGUCAGAGAGGUGAAAAAGUUAAAUCCUUGGGGGAUUUGGUUUCAUUUGGUACACAAAAGAUAGGUUUCCCUAAUUACUUCUUAGCAGCAAUUAACUCUGACUUUUUUUAAAUCAAAAAAGCAACGUGAUAUGGUGAUUUGCAUUCCUAUGUUUGUUUAGGCACUGACUUCUUGUGGGGCCUUAAGCAAAUUCAUUUAUACACUUCUGUUUCCUGUAAUAGCACUAUCAUUAAUCCUCCACAGACUUGUAGACUAGGCAUUGCAUGAUGUGGUAUAUGAUGGUUGAAGCAGUGUGAUUUGAGAGAUGCUGAAAACUUCAGACAAUUAUUAAAAUGUAAAUUUAUGAAAUGGGAAGAGAAGGAAGGAGAGAGAACAUUAGCACCUGUUCAUGCCUCUUUAGUACCUAGUUAAUCAGAGCAUGUGACUAACACCUUAGAAAACAGAACUCUAAGGGAACUGGGACACAGAAAGAGUAGGAUUUGAUGAAGGAUCUGAGAGAAGGCUGAAUAAUAUCACAAUCAUAGGGUACUGAAAAGAGGACAAAGUAACUUGGGGAGUUUCAGUUGGAUACCCUGACUGGUUGGGGACAUUUUGAAUAUAAACACUAUCUUUACAGAAUAUUUCCAAAAGAGAAUAAGACUUCCAAGAAUAACUUUGCCAACCAUAUAAUUGUGCCUAGGGUAAACAAAUCAACCUAUUUUGUGAAUUAAAUAAAGUACAGUAUAUUAUCUAAAUAUGAUUACAGAAAAACUUUAAUACACUUUUCAUGGGAGCCAUUACUCUAUAUAUUUGAUUGAGGAAAGAUAUAUAAUCUUUCUAUACUUUACUUUUAAUUUGUAAAACAGUAAUAAUAAUCUUUUGUGCCUAUUUCAUAGUUCCCUGUUAGGGUAAAUAAUGCCAUUUUAAUAGAGAUUUUGUUAACUAAGAUGCAACAAUAGAGAUUAUAAUUUUAAUUUCUAUUAAAAUGAAAAAGGUUCAUCUUAAAUAUUAAUAAAUGCAUAUUUGGGAAUUAAGAAACAGACAGUAAUAAUUAGAAUCAUGACAUCUCCAGAGCCUUCAUAAAGACCGAGAAAAGGUCAUAAAUUUCAAACUAUAUGUUCAUUAGAACAAUUACAUUAUUUGUCAGAUCUAUUAAGCUAAUGAUAAUGGGCUAUGAAUUUUUAAAUUGCACUCACAGAGUGAUGUUUUCCAAAAGCAACUUGAACUGUAAGCUAAUUUAUAAUUUAGUAACACCACUGAAAAAUAGUAUAAAAGAUAAUGUUAUUGAAACUGUUACUUUAAAGAAAUUAGUAAUAUAAAGUGCCCAUGUGAAAUGUAUUAUUUUCCAGGGCUCAAGCUAAUAAAAGUAUGCUGGUAGUAAUUAAAUGUGUAUAUAUAUAUAUAUACAUAUAUACAUAUAUUUUUUGCAAUUCACAAUAAUGGUGCUGGAAUAAAUAUAUCAGCAUAUUAUAUCACACUGGGUAUAAGCUAGUUCAUAAAAGCAGCUUUGUAUUAAAUCUAUAACAAGCAUUAAGAUUUUCAUUUGAAAAUAUUUCACUCAAAAAUAAUGGGUAUUCAUAGUUUACUGAACAUUGUUUGCCACCUCAUAAUUAUCGAUGGCAUGUCCAUGAUAGUAUAUUAAACAAACAAACAAAAAAAUAAAAAAGCAAAUCUAUCAUUAGGUUCUUUCAUUUAUACAACUGCAAGGAAUCAGUAUGACUUCUUUGGCUUUUGCUGUUAUCACUUAAAUGGUAAAUUUCCCUAAGGAUAGAUAGUUGUUUGGGUACUGUGUAGACAGAACCACAAUAUUUCAGGCAGCUGUACUCUUGCUUUGGUAGAUGUUGCAGAGUAUUAUGUCUGGCUCCCUGUUUCGUAGCAAUAAGUAAUAUUUCUUCCAGGGUCAGUUUGUGCUGCUCAGCAAUUUAGCUGAUAUAUGAUGAGCUUAGUCUAGGUACAGAAUUCACUUAAGAGUCUCAUCAGCUCUGCAACAGAGUGGGCAAAAUGGUAUGAAUGGUUCCAUGCAUAUAAAUGACUCAGAUGUUUAGCCUCAAGGUAAUACUUUUUUAUUUCAAGUACUGUAAUCUACUGAUCUAGCCUUGUUGUUGGGCCUAACAUACAGAUUAUUGAAUUAAACCUAUAUUCUGUGGUUAGCACGUUACAUUUAUUACUUAAGUGAACUAGCCAGAUCAUUUGCAUGUCUAUACCUAGCCUAACUGGUCUGUUAUGAACUGCUACUACAUUAGGAAGGCCUUAGAAUCUGGUCUAAUGUUGUACACUGUGUAACAAACCUUCUUUCUACAGAUUUUUAGGAUACAAGUCUUGGCUUGCAUGAGAGUCUUUAUGCGCUAAACUGUUCAGGGAGAAAGAAACUGGAUUCAUGACAAUGUUGAAGAGAUUUGAAAAUCUGCUAGUGGAAUCUAAGCAUUGGUCUAGGAAGGGUCAAUUACAGAUGUUGAAUCCCUAACCGUUUGGUGGGAAAUGGUGCUAAAAUUUCAUUUCGAUCAAUAUGACAUUUCUGUUAGAUUUUGGUUUCUUUAUGAUAGUAAUUGUGAUUAUAAGACUACAUUUUGGUGCUAAACAUUCUGGUGCUAAACUGAUAGUUAAUGUAGGAGCUUAUCUGGGGAGCUUUUCCUUCACUGUCCUAUUGCUGUUUUUUUUUUAAUACAGUACAUAUUUAAGACAUAUGGCAAUAGCAACAACAAAAACCUCUCCCAUUUUAAUUAAUCUUUACCAAAAUUAGAAAAAGUGAAUUAUAUCAUAGAAGAAAAAUUAAAGUAUGUUACUUUAAGGAGUGCUACAGACUUGAUUUUUAUUAUUAUAAAUAUAAAUUCUUCAGCAAAUUUCAUAGUAAAACACACGUCAUUUUACAGUUCCAAUUUCCUUCUGCCACAAGUGAUGCUAAGUAGUCAAAGUCAAGGACAAAACAUCAUAAUAUCCUUGCUCCUCAAAUUUCUUAUUUUUGUCAUUAGCCAACGUUGUCCUCCCAUAGAAUAUUCAUUGUCCAUCUCAACUUUAUGUUAUUUGGGAAAUGCGUGAGAGUACUAAAGUCCUCUUCCUGAUGCUAAGAAAAAUUACUUCUUUCAAAAGAAUGAAAAAAAUAGAUUAUUUUAUAUAGCUUAUUUUUAAUUGUAUUCAUGUUACAUCCCCACCCCCAAAGCUAUGUUCUGUCAAGAGAAGGAAGGGAAUGCAUUUCAUUAAAUAUUAUUUGUUUUCAUUCAAUCAUUUUCAGUUGUGUCUUAUUCUCUGUGACCUUAUUUCCUUGGUAGAGAUCCUGGAGUGGUUUAGCUAUUUCUUUCUCCUGCCCAGUUUACAGCUGAUGAAACUGAGGCAAACAGAGAUUAAGUAAAUUGUACAGAGUCAUACAGCCAUUAAGUGUCUGAGGCCAGAUUUGAACUCAUGAUGAUGAGCCCUUUUGACUCCAGGCCUAGUUCUCUAUCCACUGCACCAUCUACCUGCUCCAAAUACUACUUUCCUAAUGCUUAUCUCUGAUUUGCUACCUUUUGUACAUAUGCAGCACAUAUUGCUAGUUAGUAAAAUGGAACUUAGUUUACAGAAUCCUAAAUUAUGAAAAACUAAAGAAUCAACAUCUGCCCUCCAUAAGAGAAAUACACAUUUACUUAUCUUCAUGAAGAAAUGAACACAAAUUGAAAAGUUCAUCUUCUCCCUUCCUUCCCCUACAGCCAUUUUUAUGGAUGGUCUUCCAGUAUGAUUGCCAGGAAAGAUUCUAUCAAGCUCUCUAAUAACUGGCCAGUUAUUGAGCAAAGAAAAAUAACCUUUAUUAGAAUUGCAAGUCUAUUCCACAAAUCAGCUUUGCUUUACCUCAUGUUUUUUGUCACAAAUGGAGCCAGGUUCUCCCAGCCAUAAGUGUGCUAAUUAAUAAUUAGUAAUUAAAAUUAAAAUUAAAAAUUAAGAAUGUUUAAAAGUAUAUUUAUAACAUUAGGCUCCCAGUUAGGCAAUCCAUAGCUACACAGGAAUAUUACGUCUUGUGAAACUUCUUGCAAAUAAUAACAGAGGCUAGCUAACUUUGUAAUUUAUUUAAUGGAAGAAAAUACAACUGAUGAAAAGGAAGUCAUAGUCUGAGGGAAAGAACUUUAGUUCCUAGGUCAGAGGACCUACUUUCAAAUCCCACGUAUUGUGCUUUCCGCCUGUACAAGUCACCUAUAAGCUUUGAUCUUCAUUUCCUCCUCUGGAAACUGGACCAAAGGCUCACUCAGGUUCUUUCCAGCUCUGGGUAUACUAUUCAAUAAAUUAUUGUGAGGAAAUUCACACAAGGUUUCUUACUAAUUGUCACAAAGAAAUAGCAUAAUUUUCAAGGAGUGUUGCACUCACAUAACAACAUUUAUGACCUCAUUUGGGGUUUCCUUGCUAGAGCUCCUGAAGCAUUUUGCCAAUUCCUUCUACAGACCAUUUUACAGAUGAAAAAACCAAGACAGAUAAGAUUGAUUCCCAAAUCCAAGUACUAGUUCCCAGUUUCUAAGGAACCAAAAAGACUGUAAAAUGGAAGACUCCUGAUACUACAAAAAAGAAGUUCAAUAUAAUUUCAUGAUUUAAAAAAACCACUUACACAAACACAAUUUCAUUUAUAGAAUCAAUUUGUUAAGCAAUAUGAAGACAUUGUAAUCCCACAAAAAUAAUAUUUCAAAUAUUAACACCUAUUUAACAACACCUUUUCCUUUGACAAGUUAAGUAGGUCAAUAUUAUCUCCUAUUAUUAUCCCUUAUUAGCUCCUAUUAUUUGAAGCUAUAUAAGUAAGAGGUUCAGACAAAACAAUUGAUAGCUAUUUUAGGAGAGAAAACAAUUUUGUUUUGUCUAGCAAUUGAAUGCACAAUUGAGUUUUAUAGAUUUCAAAUAACAACCUAGCAGUGAAAAAGAUUCUAAAAUAUUACAUAUAUGGCAUUAUUUAUGUGAGCUCAAAGCUGUUCAUUUCCUUAAGUAGGGAACUAUAGCUCCCUGGACCAGCUCUGCUGCAGGCACUGGCGCCCUCUUGUGGUGAUUAAAACACACUCACUGAGGUAUCUUCUAGUCUUAAAAACAAAAUGCAAUAAUCGUAAGGCAAAGAAAUCUUAAUGCUCAAACUCUAUCCCGAAACUCCCUCAGUCUCAAAUAGCUUAUUAUGCUAGUCUGUUGAAUGAGUAAAAGGAAGAAGCCCUCAAACACAACUAAAUGUUAACAUUUUUUAUUUCCACAUUUACUGUUUCUUAAGAUAUAUAUAGAUAUAGAUAUAGAUAUUUUCUUUUUAAGCUUUAUAUUCCUAGAACUGUUACAGGCAAGCCAAUAUUUAGGUCUUUAGGUCUGAGGAAGUGUAUUUUGUUAUCCAUCUUUCACUUAGUCCUACAAUGCUCAAAAAAUCAUUGAACAAGUCUCGAUUUUCAAUGGACAAUUUCUGACAAAAUUUAGAUUUUUGGUCUAUCAAAUAACUUAAUCUCAUUUAAACUAAUGGUCAUGAAAGUAAACUACUUCUCAUUGUUAACUUGUAAGAUAUUACAAUGAAGAAAGAAGAUACUGUCAUUCAAUUUUCACAAUUUCCCCUUUUGAAUGGAGUGAUAAAUCAAUAUUAGAAAUUACACUGGUGUGUCAAUGGUAAUAAAUGGGAUACUCUGGCUUGACUAGAGAGAUACUAGGGGAAACCUGAGGGUGCCUAGUUGUAAUGGAGAUAAAGAUACUUCUGAGAGAUAGAGAGAUACUACUAGAGGGGAUACUCUGGGGUUGCCUAUUAUCACUACUGAUGGCUAAUAGAUCAAGAUAUUUUUUUCCACCCACACCUUCCUGCCUCCCUUUCCCUCCUCCCUGUUAGUCAGCCACCCUUCUAAGUAAUUCAAAGGUGAACUGUGAGGUUUAGAGAAGAUACUCUUAUUCUCUUUCUCAAGUAAGGAGGUUUAUUGGGGAGGACAAGGAUGCAAGAUGAGGUGAGAGGGAUUAAGGUUUUCCCUAAUCUGUAAGGAGGGUUAGGAGAAUUUUAGGAAAUGUCAGUCCUGUCACAGCUGUGACACAAAAAUCUGUCAGGGAAAUGGGAGGAAAACAGAUUAAUCUUCUUUCUUCUUCCUUCAAACUCAAAUCUCAAAUAUACAAUCAGUUCUUCACACUCUAAGCCACCAACAAAAGUUAAUUUCUUCUCAGCCUAGCUCCAGAACCCCCCCCCCCCAAGGGUCAUUCAGCCUAGGACAGAAGCUAACAGGAGUCCAAUUCAGAGCUUCUUCUCCUUUCAGCCUAACUCGACUCUCCAACUGUCUUUCCUGGGAACAUUCUAUUUGGAAUGUUCUUUUUUGAUUGACAGCUGAGGUCCUUUUCUUUGUCUUGCAUGCAUGAAAUUCUCUCUUCCUUCAUGCCUCUUUCACAAAAUCAUAGCUUUUACAUACAAUUUCAUUGUUGAUUAAUAUUAAUGCUAUUUAAAAAAUUCUUAUAAUCUAGAAAUAAUUUUCACUACAAAGCCCCAUUGAUUUUUAAACAUAAUUUAGAAGUAUAUAGAAUAUUUUCGUGAUAACAUAUAGCUACUAACCUUAGAUUAUAUUUUCAGUAUAGAUAUUUAAUACACCUACUACCAUUCAUUGCUUUGAACAUAGACUUCAAUAGGCUUUUGCCUUUAUUGGCAAAGUGUGAACUACCUGUAUAAUCUUAGACAAGUCAUUUAGCUGCAUUGACUUCUAUCUGGAAAUUGAGGGAGUGGGACUCACUCAGGUCACAUCCAGCUCUAGGUCUACAAUCUAGCAAGUCACUAUGAGAAGCUCAAAAAUCUUAAAAAUUUUCAGUGUUGGAUUCAGGUAACAGGUUUUUUUUGGUCCUAAAUCCAAGCACCUGUUCCUACCUUCCAAAGGACCGGAAAGACUGAAAGGAGGCAAUUAUUCUAUUUUUGUGUGUGUGCAUGUCUAGGGAAAGGGAAGGGAUUUGGGUUACUAUUCAAUCAUUUUUCUGCUAAACAUUGUUUGGGGUUGAAAAACAAUAGGCUUUUGGCAGCUCAGAUGGUUUGGGGCAGAGACAGAUGGUUUGGGGAGCUCAGAUAUCUCAUGAAUUGUCCAUAGAGUCAGAACUCUGGUGUCUGUAUUCAAUUACUGAGCUCAUGCUACAUGGUUGUACAUACACAGUAAAAUCUAAUUUUAAAUGAUUUCUUAGUGCUUGUAUAUUUACACUUAUCACAUAUAGUAUUUUGGAAUUGAAAUCUUGCAUAUAAGAAUGUUAUAAAGCCCAUAUAUCAGCAAUAUAGUUCUUGAUACAUAUGCCAAUGUUGUUCUAUAUUUAUAUACCUUUGAAGUGUCCUGAAUCUGUUUUCAAAUAGCUUUUUUUAAAGGAAAGUUCUUUGUGUAACAUGGAUGUUGAUAUGAAUUAUAAAACAUACCAUUUUCAUGUGGAAGUAUGAUCACAUAAGUUCAUUGUGUUUGUAUGUAUACUAUAGUUAUACAUAUAUAUGGAAACAUUGUUGUAUGUCAUUUGCCUGUUUUUAUCAACCUUAACUGUUCCAAGCAUUCAAAUGUAGUUCAUUGCAAGCUACUUUUCAUUACCUUGGCAUUUCAAUAAAAUUUUUAAAAUUA